AUGUCUGUCCGCACUCUGUUGCUCGGGCUGCUGAGCCUCGCGUCAACUGCCUUUGCUGCCUUUGGGUAUACCGAAUCCUCAGCCAGCUUCGUAGUCGACGCAGGUUCAGCCAACAGUCUUGUUGUCACCAUCGAGAAGUCCAGCUGCGAUGUGACUUCCAUCGUCUACCGAGGCGUUGAGAUUCAGUCACAAACGACGGGAACCCAUAUUGGUUCAGGUCUGGGCACUGCGACGGUCUCUGCAGACACCAUUGAUGAGCAAUAUAUCAAGGUCACGUGUGAGACAGACACGCUCACGCAGUACCUUGUCUUCGUCUCUGGUGACAGCAACAUCUAUCUCGCAACCUAUAUCACAGCGGAACCUUCAGUUGGCGAGCUGCGUUACAUCGCACGUCUUGAUAGCUCUGUCUUACCGUCCGAAUACCCCUUCGGAGAGGUCUCGACUACGAAACCCAGCACUUCUACAAUCGAGGGGUCGGAUGUUUUCGUUGUAGAUGGCGAAACGCGAAGCAAGUUCUACUCGUCAGAGCGCUUCAUCGACGACCACGUCCACUGCGUCUAUGGCGACGACAUCCAUGCUUGCUUCGUCAAGCCAGUCUCCGCAUACGAGACAUCAUCCGGUGGUCCCUUCUUCAGAGACAUCAACAGCAACAAUGGCGGCGACUACACAUCUCUCACAUUCUACAUGAACUCCGGCCACGUCCAAACCGAAGACCGCCGUAUGGGUCUCUAUGGACCAUACGCCCUGACCUUCAGCCGCAGCGGUAUCCCCAAACUGGCAGACUUCGACCUCUUCUUCUUUGUCGACCUCGAUAUCGAAGGCUACGUCCCAGCCUCCGGUCGCGGCUACGUCUCCGGCACAGCCUCGGGUGUCCCCAGCGACUUUCAACCCGUCAUCCACUGGUUCAACUCCGCCGCGCAAUACUGGACCUACGCCUCCAGCAGCGGCACUUUCACAUCCCCAGCCAUGAAGCCAGGGACCUACACCAUGAAACUCUACCGCACGGAGCUCGAAGUCGCGUCCCAAUCCGUCACCGUCUCCGCCGGCGCAACGAAAACCAGCAACAUCGCCAGCACCCUCUCCAACCCCGCCACAUCCCUCUGGACGAUCGGCACCUGCGACGGUCAACCCACCGGCCUCCUGAACGCCGACAAGCAACUCCGCAUGCACCCCUCCGACUCUCGCAUGUCAGACUGGGCACCAGGCACAUUCACAGUCGGCACAUCAUCAGAUUCCUCCUUCCCCAUGGCCUUAUUCAAAGACAUCAACAGCCCUCAAACCCUCUCCUUCAAUCUCGACGAUGCAAGUGCUGGCGCCACACUUCGGAUCAGGACUACGCUGGCUUUUGCGAGUGGGAGGCCGCAGAUUACGGUCAAUGAUUGGACGAGUGAGGGUCCCGCGGCGCCGGUCAAGAUUGAUAGUCGUGGGGUCACGAGGGGCGCGUAUAGAGGGUGUGGGGAGAGCUAUGAGUUUGAGGUGCCGGAGGGGGAGUUGGUGGAGGGCGCGAAUACGGUGGCUAUCAGGGUGAUUUCGGGAAGUUCUGGGGAGGCGUUUUUGAGUCCGAAUUUUAUUGUGGAUUGUAUUGAGAUGUACAGAUAG